AUGGAGCCAUUUACACUCGACGUGUUCAUCUCGAAGCGGUUUGUUUCAGCAUCGCUCACGCACAGGGUGACUUGUAAACAAGUUGCAGUUGCAGGUACGAACUCGAAAGAUAUCAAAGCUGUUCUUCAGUCUCGUUCGGACAUUCCUGCUUGUUUGGCUGUAGGCCGUAUUUUAUCUGAGAGGGCUAAAGAAGCUGAUGUUUAUACUGCUAGUUAUACUCCUAGAGAGAGAGAUAAAUUUGAAGGCAAAAUAAGAGCUGUGGUUCAGUCUCUUAUUGAUAAUGGGAUUGAUGUAAAAAUCUAUCUGGAGUAA